CGACGCCGUUUUACUAUUAUCUUCGACGGGAUAUUCGGAGCCGUCGCCGAUCUCUUCCACAGGGAUUUUCCGACUUCUAUUUUCUCUGAACCCUAGGAAGAGAAAAUCAACCCAUUUUUUUCCGGCCAAAUAUGAGCGACAUAAUCUCGCCGACGGUGGAUUCCGAUCCCAAAUUGGGAUCAGAUCCGAGCAGUCGGAUCGCCGAAGUGAAGGAGUGGUUGGGAUCCGAAUUCGGGAGGGCCGGCAAGGAGGUCCCGGAUUUCGAAUACACUCCUCGGAGCAUCUCCCAUUUGCACAAUCUCUGCACCCUCUCUCAGGCCAAGACACGCGCCGCCGAGAUCCUCGCCAAAGACUUCCGCCUCAAGGCCUCCGAGUACCGCGCUCAAGCGGCGAGGAUCAGGGAGAUUUUGGAGAGCGUGGGGAUGGCGCAGGAGAAUUUGCCCUCCAAUGUGGUUUCGUCGGCGCAGGUUCUUUCGAAUGUCGCGAAUUUGUUGAACAUUAGGGACACUGAGCUCAGUAGCUUUCUGGUGGCAAUGGGGGAUAUUUCUUUGAGAAAAAUGAGUGUAGAGGAGAAGAGGACGAAGGUGGAGAAGGAGUCCAAAGUUCUGCUUGAUCAUACUCGAAAGGCUAUAGCAAGACUAACAUAUUUGAAGAGAACGCUAGCGCAGCUAGAAGAUGAUGUACCUCCAUGUGAAGCUCAAAUGGAUAAUUGGAAGACAAAUUUGGCUGUAAUGGCUGCCAAGGAGAGGCAGUACAUGCAGCAAUGUGCCAACUACAAGGCAAUGCUUAAUCGUGUUGGUUACUCACCAGAAAUUAGCCAUGGGGUACUGGUUGAUAUGGCUGAGCAUAGGAAAGAGUUGGAGAAGAAAACGAAGCCCAUCCUUGAUACUUUAAGGAGCUACCAAGACCUGCCUCCUGAUAAAGCUUUGGCUGCCUUAGCAAUUGAGGACAAGAAACGACAGUAUGCUGUGGCCGAGAAGUAUCUUGAAGAUGUGCUGCAUUCUGCUCUCACGACGACGCAGUAGCUUCUCUUGGACAGUUUAAUCUUAUCGGUAAAUCGUUGUGUUGUUUCUGUAUUCAUGUUAGUAGAAGAUAGUGAAGAGGUGUAUAGUCAUUACUGAGGAUAAUGCAUGUUUUUUAUUAUUUUCAACUGAGUAUAUUUUGUAACAUUAUGAUAUCAGGAACUUGAGUUCCUUAUGAUGAAUAGAAUAUCUUCUGUCUUUUAAGAAUGA